AUGACAAAAAAAGAUAAUAAUAUUAAAUUAAAAACUAGUAAUAGUUUACCAUCAUCACCAAAUGGUGCAACUAAAAUUAAGAAAUCCAAUUCGUCAAAUUUAAAGAAAUCAUCAACUUCUGAAAGAUUAAAUGGUAAAGUUAGUAAUAAUAGUAAUAUAUAUAAUGAUGACAUUCAAAUUGAAUUCACUAAAGAUGAUGUGCCAUUCUCAAAACAAACAUUAAAUAAUCUUGGCUUAUUAUUAAAUAAUCAUACAACUCGUAGAAUCUUUAUUCAAUUUUCAGAGAAGGAACAUUCACAUAAUCAUGUUUUGUUUUGGCAAGAAACUAAAGAAUACAAAGAGAAAUUCAUUGAAAUUAAUCAAGAACAAUUAUCAACUCAACCAGAACAACAACAAGCAACAACUUCAACAUCCUCUUCAACUUCUUCUUUACAACCACAACAAUCACAACAACAACAAUCAUCUUCAUCUUCUUCCUCAUCAUCAUCACAACAAAACUCAACACAACAAUUAUCUAAUUUAGUUACUGAUAAUAAUAAUAUAAAUAAUAAUAAUAGUAAUAAUAAUAAUAAUAAUAAUAAUAAUAAUAAUAAUAAUAAUAAUAUAAAUAAUAUAAAUAAUAACAAUAGUAAUAAUAAUAAUAUAAAUAAUAAUAAUAAUAUAAAUAAUAAUAAUAAUAAUAAUAUAAAUAAUAAUAUAAAUAAUAAUAAUAAUAAUAAUAUAAAUAAUAAUAAUAAUAAUAAUAAUACAACUACUACAACUACAACCACAAGUAAUAAAUCAUCACCAGUAAUGCCAUCUAUAACACCAAAUACUCUUGCAUCUGAUCAUACAAUGGCUGAGGCACCACAACAUGGUUCUUCACCAACUUCAAUGACUGUAGAAUUAAAAAAUCACAAAGGUGAUAAUUCACCAAGUUCAAGUACUCCACGUAUUAAAUCAAUAAAUGGCGCAAAUAAUAUAAAUGACGACGCUGCCUCUUCUUCUUCUUCUUCCUCAUUAUCAUCGAAAAAAGAAAAUAAUAAUACAAAUAAUAAUAAUAACAAUACAAAUAAUAAUUUAACAUCAUCACCAAUUCAAAAUAGAAAAAUUACAAAUAGACGUAGUCAAUUUUUAUCAGGUAAUCGUGUUUCAAGAGAAUCAACACCAGAUGAUAAUACAGAUGAUGAAGAAAAUGAAAUUGCAAUGAUGCAAAAAUCCAAUCUUAAAAACUGUCUUUAUAUAUUUGAUAAAUACCUAACUCCAUCGUCCGAACUUGAGGUGAAUUUAGAUUUCAAAACCUUUAUUGAAAUAAAGAAAAAAAUUGAUCAAAACCAAAUCACUGUAAAUAUCUUUGAAAAAUCCCAAAAAGAAAUCCAAGAAGUUAUUGCAAAUGACUCUUAUUUCCGUUAUAAGUCUUCAACAACAUUUAAAUAUCUAUUAAAUUGUGCUGAACAAUUUGAAAAAGAUAAUAGUUUAAUACCUUCAUCUGAUGAUAAACCAAAAUUAAAAUCUAGAAAAUCAAAGUUUUUUUGUAUGUAA